AGCAUUCUUUUCCUCUGCCUUCCUUGCUCCUUCAUACACCCUUAAAUCUUUCUUUCAUCUCUAUUACGUUUGCAUUCCAAAUGGCCAGUGUUGAGGUCGCACAGCAAGCACCAACAACUGUGAAAGAAAAUGAACCAAUCGAGGUAACCAAGAUUGAGGAAACAACUCUAGAACAACCAGCUUCCAAGGUUCUUGCCCCAGAAACAGAACAACCAAAGGAAGAAACCACCGAAGAACCAAAGGAGGAAGCAGCAGCAACUACAGAAGCCCCGGCUGCUCCACAAAACGAAGUCUCAGUUGAAGAUGAGACUAAGGAGGCAACAGAAGAAGUGACAGAGGAAACUAAGCCUGAGGUAGAUAACCCAGCAUCCGAGAAAACUGAGGAAAAACCUAAAGAAGUGGAAGAGAAACUGGAAGAAGAGAAUAAGGAAACUACUGAAACAGAGUCAGCACCAGUGAAGGAAGAGAAGCCAUGUGAGGAGAACAAACAAGCUGAAACAGCAGUGGAAGCCACCGCAGAAGUUUCUGUUGAGAAGGUUGAAGCUUAAAUACAGGGAAAGUGUGUGAGGGGAAAGAAAGAAA